UUCGAUGUCUCCCAUUAAUGCCCAUCAUCAUUUAUAAAAUACGUGCAAGCAUGUCAUCUUUCAUUGCAUUUAUGUAUAUAGAAGCCAUCAAAGAUUUCCCUCCCAUGAUCUCUCAUGUCUUUGUCAAUGGCUUGCAAUAACUACGUCUGCCAUGAACACAAUCACCGUCUUCUUCUUAGUAGGACUUCCUUAUUGAUCGCCGUGUCUUUAGUGUUUAUGUCAAUUGAAUCUGCAGCUUCAGACUACAGCUUCAAAUCGUACAGCCAUGGUAAACCCGACAAACAGAGGAUGCUCUCCACAAUGAUCGGGGCUCAAGGGGUCAUAUACUGCAGAUCAGGCACCAAAUUUAUCCCGCUCAAAGGUGCUCUUGCAAGAAUCUCGUGCCUAGCAGUAGAUACACGGGGCUACGAGACGGCGCCGUUCUCAAUCCUUAGCAAGCCCGCCGAUGCCAAUGGCUACUUUCUCGCCACCCUCUCCCCGUCGGAAGUUGAGGAUGGCUGGAGGCUCUCAGAGUGCAAGGCCUUCCUCCACUCAUCUCCGGUCUCGUCUUGUGCUGUCCCAACUGAUGCAAACCGGGGAAUCUCUGGUGCCCUCCUCUCGUCCUAUACCCUCAUAAACAACGGGAAGAUGAAGCUAUACUCCACCAGACCUUUCGUUUACUCCCCCGGAUCUAGGCCUAUCUCAUCGCCCAGCGGAUAAUAAAGGAACAUUAAAAAAUAUAUCAUAAUCAAUUGGGCCAAUUGAAUUUUUUUUCAUCUUGAUGGAUGUAUUGAUACCACAACAAUUGUUCAUCAUGAUACUUGUCAUGGAUCCAGAUCGAUAUUCUUGAUAUUUAAUGCUUAACUAUGCGGGGACAGUAAAGUUGCGUUUGGUUUCAUAGUAGAAUUUUAAAAUCAGAUUUUGAUUUUGAUUUUGAGUGGAAUAAAUGGGGUCCACCCUUUGACUUUGUAUGAAUUAUG